AUGCGCACACCUGGUCCGCAGCAGCCCCUGAUCGUCCUGCUCACAGCCGGCCCCCCUCCGCACCACAGUCCCAGCAGCGUCUGCCGCGGAAGCACCACCUGGAUCACCGCCGCCGUCGCCGCCGAUGCCGUCGAUGCCGACCAGGCUGCAGCCGCCAGCUCACACCGCACUCGGCACGCCAGGUCCACAAUCGCCGCCCUUGGCCAGGCGGCCGGCGGUGCCGCCAUGAUCGCCGUGGCCGGCGGCGCCGCAAGCGUCCUUCGCGCCAAGCUUGCUCGUCGGCGGCGCAGCCCCCGCGCCUCCGCGCCGGCUGCCGCUGCGUCCAUCUCUCCUCCCAUCAAGACCGCCACCAACGACGGCGGUGACAGCGUCCUGCUUUGCCGGGGGCUGGCCGCGCGCAGCGCGAGCAGCGGCAACACAUCCACCUCCGGCAGCGGCACCACCGACAUCUCCACCCACGAGUUCUCUGAUAGCAUUGACAACACCACCACCAGCAUGACUGCAAGCGGCGACAUCGGUGACACCCCCUGCCUCGACUUCAGCAGCACCACAUCCACGGGCGCGACGGCAGACGGCGCGCUGACUGGACCGCUGCCGCUUGGCGCGGCCUACGUUGCGCGCGGCAGCUUUCUGUACGACGAGCUUUGGGACGCCCUUAGGAAGCGGGCCGCGCGGGCCUUCGAGGCCGGCGCGCCCCUGGGCGCCGGCGGCCAGGGCGAGGUGCGCCGCGUGGCGCUGCUGGGCCGCUCCUACGCGCUCAAGCGUAGCCUAAGCUCGUGCGAGGGUGUGCAUGACAUCAAGCUCGGCGGCGCGCCGGCGCGCGAGCUGGUGAUGAGCCCCCUCCUGACCGCCCAGCAAAGCCCUGACUACUGGAACUUCUACCACUUGUAUGAGCUGGCUGCGGGCGACCUGACCGAUGCCAUCGUCGGCCUCACCUACAGCAGCGGCGAAGCAUGCCUGUCGCCCGACCAGCUCGCCCGUGUGCUGCGCCAGAUGGCUGAGGCCCUCGGCGCAAUGCACUCCGCCGGCCUGGCCCACAAUGACGUCAAGCCGGCCAACUUCCUGCUGGGCUACGACGGCCGCCUCAAGAUUGGAGACCUGGGGCUGACGGACAGGGCAGGGGAGACGCCCGCAGGCCGCACGCCCUGCUUUGCAGCGCCCGAGCUGGUGCUGGCUCUGAGCGCUGCGAAGAAGGACAAGGGCGCCGGGGACGAGGCCGCGGCCGCGGCCGCCCCUGCGCCGCCCAGGCGCGCGUGGUGGCGGCUCGGGUGGCCGUGGGGCCGCCGCGCGCGGGCUUCGGCCGCCGCGCCUGCCGACGCGCCCACCAGCGACUGGCGGCGCGCGGACGUCUACUCCCUGGGUGUGGCCGCGCUGCAGCUGUGCCUGGGCGCCAAGUGUGACGCAUUCGCCGCGACCAUGAACGCGCUGCAGGGCGGCGUGGCGUUUGUGGCGCCCGAGGGGAUGCCGGCCGACCUGUCGGCGCUGCUGGGCGGCAUGCUGGCCUGCGACCCCUGGCCGCCUCUCGGCUGA